ACUCCUCUGCCCACCCUCACAAAAUUUUCACCAUUCUCACUCCUCUGUAUGUCCCAUUAAAAAACAGAGGAAACCAAUUUCUCUCUUACAUAUAUAAAUAUUAUAUAUAUAGAGAGCAAAAGAAAACAAGAAAUGAAGAGCAUAGAGAAUCUGAAUAGCUUCUCUCUGCUUUCUUCUUCUUUGAAUAUGGAUGGGGUUUGUGGGUGGUUCUGAAUGUGUAUGAGAGACCAAAAUCUCUCUCAACCGAAGAAUUCCACUUCUGUUUCCUAUUAAUGGGAGCCUCGGAGGCUACUCACGAGGUGCUUUCAUGGCUCAAAACCCUACCUUUGGCCCCAGAGUACCACCCCACUCUAGCAGAGUUCCAAGAUCCGAUUUCCUACAUUUUCAAGAUCGAGAAAGAGGCUUCCAAGUUUGGAAUCUGCAAAAUCGUUCCCCCAGUACCUUCCUCCCCGAAGAAGACAGCAAUUGCCAAUCUCAACCGGUCCCUCGCCGCCCGGAACCCUGGCUCUGACCCCAAAACCCCGCCCACAUUCACCACCCGGCAGCAGCAGAUCGGGUUCUGCCCGAGGAGGCCGCGUCCGGUGCAGAGGCCCGUGUGGCAGAGCGGCGAGUACUAUACGUUUCAGGAUUUCGAGGCUAAAGCCAAGGCCUUCGAGAAGAGCUACCUCAAGAAAUGUCCCAAGAGAGGGACUUCCCCUUCGGCUCUGGAAAUCGAAACCCUUUAUUGGAAAGCCACCGUGGACAAGCCCUUUUCUGUUGAGUACGCCAAUGACAUGCCCGGGUCGGCUUUCGUGCCGUUUAGUCCCAAGAAGAGCAGGGAGGCAGGGUGGGAGGGUCUGAGCCUCGGCGAGACCGCAUGGAAUAUGAGAGGGGUGUCCAGGUCAAAUGGGUCUUUGUUGAGGUUCAUGAAGGAGGAGAUUCCGGGGGUUACAUCCCCGAUGUUGUACGUAGCUAUGAUGUUUAGCUGGUUUGCUUGGCACGUGGAGGAUCACGACCUACACAGCUUGAACUACUUGCAUAUGGGGGCUGGGAAGACCUGGUAUGGCGUGCCGAGAGAAGCGGCGGUUGCAUUCGAGGAGGUGGUCAGAGUUCAUGGCUAUGGAGGAGAAGUCAAUCCUCUUGUUACCUUUUCUAUUCUUGGGGAAAAGACCACAGUGAUGUCACCUGAAGUAUUUAUUAGUGCAGGGGUUCCAUGUUGCAGGUUAGUGCAAAAUGCUGGGGAAUUUGUUGUCACUUUUCCGAGAGCCUAUCAUACAGGGUUCAGUCACGGAUUUAAUUGUGGGGAGGCAGCUAAUAUUGCAACUCCUGAAUGGUUGAGGGUCGCCAAAGAUGCUGCUAUUCGAAGAGCUUCUAUCAAUUAUCCUCCCAUGGUGUCUCAUUUUCAGUUACUUUAUGAUCUUGCACUGGCGUUAUGUUCCAGAAUACCUGUGGGCAUCAAUGAACCACGAAGUUCUCGACUGAAGGAUAAGAAAAAAGGUGAAGGAGAAACGGUAGUUAAAGAGCUAUUUGUGCAGAGCGUGGUACAGAAUAAUGACCUGCUUUACAUUCUUGGAAAAGGGUCUUCAGUUGUACUUCUUCCACAAAGUUCUUCUGACAUAUCGGUUUGUUCGAAAUUACGUGUUGGAUCCCAGUUAAGGGUAAACCCCAGCUCCCCUGGUUUAUGCAGUUCUAAGGAAGUUGUGAACAUGAAAUCCUCGAGUCUAGUUUCUGAUGAUCUUGUGCUAGACAAGAACCAGGGAAUCGGGCAAAUGAAAGGUUUUGUUCCGGUGAAAAGAAAUUUUGUCUCUGUGUAUGAGAGGAACAGAUUAUCCUCAUUAAGCAGGUUUAGUAAUAUAUGCUCCUCGAAUUCUAAGAUACUGAAUAGAGACAGUGAAAGAGGAAGUACAAUUCAAUGUGAUGGGUUGUCAGAUCAGAGACUGUUUUCAUGCGUCACAUGUGGAAUUCUAAGCUUUGCUUGUGUCGCCAUCAUUCAACCCACAGAACCAGCAUCUAGAUACCUUAUGUCAGCUGAUUGUAGUUUCUUUAGUGAUUGGGUUGCAGGUUCUGGAAUAACUGGUGAUGGGUAUACCAUCGCUGGUGUGGAUGCAAUUACUUCUGAUCAGAAUACUGGUACAGAGCGGAUGGAGAAAAUUGUACCCCGUGGUUUAUGUGACGUUCCUCUUCAAUCUGCUGAUUACCAAAUUCAGAUGGCAGAUCAAAGUUAUAAAGUGGUUUCAAAUUCUGAAUUACGAAGAGAUACUUCUGCUCUUGGCCUACUAGCUUUAAAUUAUGGGAAUUCAUCCGACUCUGAGGAGGAUCAGUCUGAACCAGAUUUUCCUACAUCUGCUGAUGAAACUAAGUCGACGAAUUGUUUAUCAGAAAGUAUGCAUCGGGGUGAUAACUCUGAUUUCCCUCCUAUGCAAGACUGCCCCCACAAUGCAACUGGGGUUUUCAGUCUCUCAUUGUCUGGAAAUGGUGGUGUGGAGGAAACCCCUUCUCCCCAUAUUUUUGAUUGUUAUUCUCAACAUGGACGUAGAGGCACCAAUCUCAAUGAUGGAAAUCAUCGAACUUCUGACCAUUCUGUUGAGUUUAAAACCGAUGAUCUUACUUCCAUAAAAUUAAAUGGAUUGGUGGGUACAUUUAGUGAUCCAAUGACAAUAUGGCAUAAUAAUUCAGAUCAUUCUCCACGUGUCCAUGAUGCUGAGAAAACUAUGUUUGGCAAGGCAAUUGCACCAAUAGAGAAUGCAAACAUGUCAUUAGCUCCAAGAUCGGAUGAAGACUCUUCUAGAAUGCAUGUCUUCUGUCUCGAGCAUGCUGUAGAAGUAGAACAGCAACUCCGCCCAAUAGGAGGAGUACAUAUAUUGCUCCUUUGUCAUCCAGAGUAUGCCAAAAUAGAGGCUGAAGCAAAGUUGCUUGGAGAAGAGUUGGGAAUUGAUUGUCACUGGAACAACACAACAUUCAGGAAUGCCACCAAAGAGGAUGAGAAUAGGAUCCGGUCAGCUCUUAAUAGUCAGGAAGCAAUUCAUGGGAAUGGGGAUUGGGCUGUAAAGCUGGGGAUUAAUCUGUUUUACAGUGCCAACCUCAGCCACUCUACUCUUUAUAGUAAGCAGAUGCCUUACAAUUUUGUUAUAUAUAAUGCAUUUGGUCGUAGUUCUCCAUCUAGCUUGCCCAGAAAACAUAACGUCUGCAGGAGGUCUGGCAGGCAGAAAAAAUUCGUGUCAGGGAAAUGGUGUGGAAAAGUCUGGAUGUCGCAUCAGGUUCAUCCCCUAUUAGUGAAAGGGGAUCCUGACUAUGAAGAAGAAGAAAAAGAAGAUAGAAGCUUCCGAACUAGGACCAUUCCAGAUGAGAAGCUUGAGAGAAUAUCAGAAAGCAACCCCAAAAGUGAGGUGACCAUGGUUACUAGAAAGUAUAGUAGGAAGAGAAAGAUGGCGGUAGAAAGUGGAACUACCAAAAAAGCCAAAUGUGUUGGUCUAGAAGAUGCAAUUUCAGAUUAUUCAGUAGAAGAUAAUUCUCACCAGAAGCAUAGGAGGACCCUUAGAGGCAAGCCAGCUAAAUCCAUGGAGAGAGAUGAUGCAGUUUCAGAUGAUUCAUUGAAGUUUAAUACUCGUCAGCCACAAAGGACCACCUCUAAAAGUAAGGAAGCCUAUUCUGAUGAGAGAGAAGAUGAUGCUGUUUCAGAUGAUUCACUGGAGCAUAGUUGUCAUCAGCAGCGUAGAAGGAUUUGUAGUGGCAAGCGACCCAAAUUUUUUGAGAAAGAAUAUGCAAUUUCAGACGGUUCACUAGGAAAUAAUCUUCAUCAGCAUAAUAGGAGGAUUGGUAGAAGCAAGAUUGAGAAAGAAGAGUUUUCUGAUGAUUCCCUGGAGGUUAAUUCUGAUCUGCAGAUUAGGAGGCUUUCUAGGAGCCAAGCCAAAUGCAUUGAGAGAGAAGAUGGAGCUAUGGAUGGUUCAUUUGGAGAUAUUCCACAUCAGCAGCACAGGAGGGUUCCUAAAAUCAAGGAAGCCAAAGGAAUUGAGAGAGAAGAUUUGGUUUCAGAUAUUCCACUGGACAGCAAUUCUUAUCAGCACCGGAGGAUUAUACGAAACAAGCAAACGAAACUGGGGACUCAUAAGAACGUGAAGAAAGAGACCCCCCUCUUUAAACAAGGGCCUUCUUGGGCUACAAAACAGGUGACUCGUCAGGUAAUGAAAAAAGGGACCCCUCAGCAAAUGAAACAACAGACUUCUCGGCGUCGGAAUAAUCAAUCUCACCAGGAUGCUAGCCAGUUUGGUCUAUAUGUUGAAGAGAACAUAGAAGGCGGACCUAGCACACGCCUUAGGAAGAGAACCCCAAAGCUCCAAAAAGAGUCAGAAGCCAGAGCAAAAGAGAAGCAGCAAACAAGUAGGAAAAAGGUUAAGAAGAAUGCUUCAGCUGUGAAGACUCUGGCUGUGAACAAUAAUGCAAAAGCAGGGGAGGAGGAAGCAGAAUUCCUGUGCGACAUUGAGGGGUGCACCAUGAGUUUUGGCUCAAAACAAGAGCUCACCUGGCAUAAAAGAAACAUCUGUCCAGUCAAGGGUUGUGGAAAGAAGUUCUUCUCGCAUAAAUAUCUGGUGCAGCACCGUCGAGUUCACAUGGAUGAUCGCCCCCUUAAGUGCCCUUGGAAGGGCUGCAAGAUGACAUUCAAAUGGGCAUGGGCUCGCACUGAACACAUUAGGGUUCAUACAGGUGCUCGCCCUUACGUGUGUGGCGAGACAGGCUGUGGGCAGACAUUCCGAUUUGUGUCAGAUUUCAGUCGCCACAAGCGGAAGACGGGUCAUUCAGCAAAGAAGGGAAGGGGAUAAUUUGAAUGGAAGAGAUGUAAUUUGUGAUUGUCACAUAACCUGUUGUUCAAUUGGUGGAAUUUAGGACUAGGUUAGAGGAUAUUUAGGAUUUCCUUGUAAUUGCUAUUCAGAGCUACUACCAAUUCUGUCUGCCUGGGGUCUUCAUUGGACCAAAUUAUUAUUCACUUGUAACCAGAGCAAUUGCUUGGAUGUUCAGCAUCCUUCUUUAAUGAUCGUCGGAUUCUAAUUUCCUCA